AAGAGUCAAAGUAAAGACUAAGCUCAGAUAAUUGCAGCUGCUGGCAGGUUCAGUGACUGCUGGCUGCUCGUGCAGGUGAUCCGGUCAUGUGAUCUGUUUUUGUUUUAUGUCUUCAUGUUCUGCAGACACACGGACCGUGAACGCAUCACCGUGUAGAAACACACUCGUCUUUUUUUUUUUUCUUUUUUUUAAAUUGAAUCUGAUUUUCUCUUGUUUUUGGAGCUCAACUCUUCCAACAUGGAGUCUGCAGAGGGUCAGCGGGGGCGGGACGGCGGCAGUCAGAGGCGCUCUCCUCUUGACGUCAUCAUGAGCCAGAUCCGCAGGAAGCGCACGGCCUCAGACAGGAAGCCGCUGGGACGCCUCCUGUCCUGGAGCUCGGACCGGACGGGGAUCCCCGAGGACGGAGAGACGGAGGGCCGGGAGGAGAGAGGACAGAGCUCAGUUGCUGCUGACACGACAGACGGCGAGCGGGACGUCGGCUGGGGGCGAGUGCGAGUUUUCCUUCAGAGACUCGGGAAGAAAGCCGACAGCAGGAGCCUCCGCCUGGCUCACUGCGAUCUCACCGCUACAGACCUGCUGGAGCUAGCCACGUUGCUCCAGUUUCUCCCUCAGCUGGAGGAGCUGGACGUCUCCUGGAACGAGCUGAUUGGCGGAUGUCUGGAAGCGCUGACCUCUCACCUCCGACAUGUGGGCGGGAUCAGAGCGCUGAAGCUCUGCGGCUGUAGGCUGAACGCUGAUGACAUCACGGCACUGGGUGAAGCUCUCGGCUGCCUGCCUUUCUUGGAGAGCCUCGAUUUAUCGUGGAACAGUGGCGUCGGGGGUGGCGCCCUGCAAGGCCUGCUGGGUAAACCUCCCCCAUCACUGAGGGAGCUCCACCUGGUGUCCUGCCAGCUCACUGCGGCUGAUGCUACUGUACUGGGAGGAAUGGUGUCUGCGCUCCACAGACUCUGUGUGUUGGACGUCUCCUGUAAUCCUCAGCUCACACAGGAAGUGGACGGCGGCGGCUUCAGAGCGCUGACCUCCUCGCUCUGUCAUGCUGCCUCCCUCACCACGCUACGGCUACAGGCCUGUGGUCUGACGGCAGACAGCCUCGAAGCUCUCAGUGGUUCGCUCCACUGCCUCCCCUCAGUGCGAGAGUUGGACCUGUCCUGUAACAAAAGUCUGUCUGGAGGACUGGAGCGGCUCUCUCUCCACCUGGCUCACCUCACACACCUAGAGAGCCUCGACCUUCACCUCUGCUGUCUAACGCACGCCGACCUGGAGGCCCUGAUCCAGGUGCUUCCCUCUCUGACGGCGCUGACGGAGCUUGACGUGUCGUCCAAUAAGGAGGCAGGGGGCGUGGUCCACUCACUGGUCUCCGCCCUCCCUCUGACACAGAUGAGGCGUCUGCCGCUCAACAGCUGCAGCCUGAACGCAGAGUCCUUCACUGCUCUGGCCCUGGCCGUGCCGUACCUGCGCAGCGUGGAUGUUUCCUGGUGUAAAGUGGUUGGGGGUCGUUUGGCGUUGCUCCUGGACGCUCUGCAGCCGUCAGUCAUCCUGGAGCUCCGCCUCAGCAGCUGUGACCUCACCACAGACGACCUGCGUCACCUGGCUGCUGUGUGCAGACGUGGAUGUCUGUCCUCUCUGAGGGUGCUGGACUUGUCCUACAAUGGCUCCGUAGGUGACGAAGGCUGGUCCUCCCUGUUGGCAGCAGGAGGCCUGGGCUCGCUGGAGGACUUAGAUCUCAGCUUGCGACCUUUGACCUCUGCUUCCUGCUCAGUCUGGCUGCCGACGCUGCUCUGCGCUCUGCCUCGACUUCCUGCGCUGACUCGCCUGGCGCUGCAGCGCUGGACGAUCGGCUCUCAGGACAGACAGCAGCUGAGCCACGGCCUGAGGAAGAGGAGCGUGAUGCUGGAGUGGGAUCCACCCAAUAGGGACACAGCAGUGGCAACCAAUCAGGAGAGCCCAGAGGAGAGUCGCCCUGAGGAGUAGAUGCUGCUCAUCUGAUGUCACAUGUCACUAAUGAAGGACACUUAAUUAAAAACACUAAACGGACACAUUAAUGCACUUUGUAACUGUCACGUGUAGUUUACAUUUGGUAAAUUAGACAAAGUAUUUUGGAUAUUUAACAAUCUUGUGAUUAAAAUACAUUUAACAGAGUUGAACCAACAUAAUACUAAUGGCCUCAUUUAUAUCCUGCUGCCCAGACAGUUUUAUAAAACACGAUUCUUACUACUAACUACGGAAGCCUUGAGGGGAAUUUCAAAUGCAAAAAUAGAAAAAAAUGCAAAAUAGAAAAAAAAAUAAGGUUAUACAUUUUCAAAGUCUGAGUUUAAAUUGUUUUCUCUCCUUUGUAAAAAGAAAUGUUGCCACUUCAUCUAUGGCAUACGGAGCCCUGAGAGUCAAGUAAGAAGAAAAAUACAUUUACUUUUUUUUUCAUCUUUAAAAAAGUUGAAAUAGAAAAUUUAUACUCACAAAACUUAAACUUGUGUCACUGAUGGAAA